AUGAUGCUUCCGAGCGCCGAGCUGUCGUCGUCCAACGGCGGCGGCGGCGCCAGUGGCUUGCCGACCCUGCCGGACUUCUUGGGCAGGAAGAACAAGUACAUGCGCAUGGACGACGUGCUCCCUCCUGAGCAGGAAGGCGAGGACGGCGGCGUCCUUGUCCGUGAGCGCCAGAGCAGCAGGAGAUACGUCUUCGCCUGCUCCGUCUUCGCCUCCCUCAACUCCGUGCUGCUCGGCUACGAUGUUGGUGUGAUGAGCGGUUGCAUUCUGUUCAUUCAGAGGGAUCUUCACAUCAACGAGGUGCAGCAGGAGGUCCUGGUGGGCUGCCUUAGCUUCAUCUCCCUCCUCGGCAGCCUCGCUGGCGGGAGGACAUCGGACGCCAUGGGCCGGAAGUGGACCAUCGGCCUCGCCGCCGUCGUCUUCCAGGCCGGCGCGGCCGUCAUGACGCUGGCCCCGUCAUUCCGGGUCCUCAUGGUGGGCCGCCUGCUUGCCGGCAUCGGCAUCGGGUUCGGCGUCAUGAUCGCGCCGGUGUACAUCGCUGAAAUAUCCCCCGCGGGGUCCAGGGGCUCGUUCACAUCCUUCCCGGAGAUCUUCAUCAACCUCGGCAUCCUCCUCGGGUACAUCUCCAACUACGCCUUCUCAGGGCUCCCCGACCACAUCAACUGGCGUGUCAUGCUCGCCGUUGGCAUCCUGCCGUCCGUGUCCAUCGCCUUCGCGCUGCUCGUGAUCCCGGAGUCGCCGCGGUGGCUGGUCAUGCAGGGCAGGGCCGACGAGGCGCGCGCCGUGCUCCUCAGGGUCACCGACACCGAGGACGAGGCUAAGGAGAGGCUCGCCGAGAUCGAGGCUGCUGCUGCGGCCGCCGCCACGGGCGCCGCCGGCAAUGGCAAUUACGGCGACAGGAACAAGACGGUGUGGCAGGAGCUGUCGAAGCCAUCCCCGGUGAUCGCCCGGAUGCUCGUCACCGGAGUAGGCAUCCAGUGCUUCCAGCAGAUCACGGGCAUCGACGCGCUGGUGUACUACAGCCCGACCAUCUUCCGGGACGCCGGGAUCACCACCGAGCGCCAGCUCCUCGCCGCCACGGUCGCCGUCGGGUUCUUCAAGACGGCGUUCAUCGCGCUGGCCAUCGUGCUAAUCGACCGUGUCGGCCGGAAGCCACUGCUGUACGUCAGCACGGUCGGCAUGACCGCCUGCCUGGCGGCGCUGUCCGCCGCGCUCUUCCUGCAGGCGCGUGGGUCGGUGUCCCGCGGCGCCGGUGUUGGUGUCGCCAUCUUGACGGUGUGCGGCGACGUGGCCUUUUUCUCGGUGGGGAUAGGGCCCAUCUGCUGGGUGGUGAGCUCCGAGAUCUUCCCGCUGCGACUGCGCUCGCAGGCCGCGGCGCUGGGGGCCGUGGCCAACAGGGUGACCAGCGGCGCGGUGGCCAUGUCAUUCCUCUCUAUCUGCCGCGCCAUCUCCGUCUCGGGCGCAUUCGCCGCGUUCGCAGCCAUUUCUGCCCUCUCGGUGCUCUUUGUGCACAAGUUCGUGCCAGAGACCAGCGGCAAGACACUGGAGCAGAUCGAAUCUCUGUUUGGUGUCGGUAGCGGCGGCGAGGACCGGCGGGAGCUGGAGCUCGGCGAUGUGGAGCAGCUGGUGCACAAGUGA